AUGACAAUGGUUUCCGGCAAAGUUAAAAUGCUCAUUGUGCUUCUUCAAGCAGCAAUGCCAAUUUCUGGCCUUGCUACAGGCCCCAACCGACUGUCAAUUACUUUGGAUAAACCCCAACCGCCCAAUUCCGUACUAGAAAACACGGCCGAUACUGCGCGAAGGUCUACUACCGAAUCGUUGGACCCAGUGCUGGCCUUGAGUCAUCCCUCGAACACCGUACAACGCCUCAAAAAACGCUCAGUGAGCGAGUCUAUCAAGGUAUGGAAAAUUUCCAUCGCGCAACGCCUCUCAGAGAUGGCACUCCCAUCAAACCAUGGCGAGAAUGUGGACACCCUCUCCAUAAAUCUUGUAUGGAUGAAUGGUGUUCUUUUGCCGCUGAAAAAGCUUCAUGCCCCCUUUGCCGAUGCCCAUCCGAAGCGAAGCUAG